AUGUCGUGGAUCUCGAUCCUGUUGACGCUGUACGGACUAUGGGUAUCUUCGACGCUCUGGAGACUGUUCAAGAACUACCUGUCGGCGCGCAAAACGGGGCUCCCCAUGGCCAUCUUCCCGCUCAACCACUUCCACCCGAUAUGGAUGAUUCUCUCGGUGCCGCUACGGCCGGUGUUCGAAAGGUUGUUACCGGGGUGGAUGUACGAAGCGAUCAACCUGUCGACGUACGGGUUCGAAUUCCGCAACAAGACGCGGCUGUUCGACGAGUGCGACUCCAAAGCGAUGAUUCUCGUGACGGCCGGGUCCAACGAACUGAGUCUGAUCGACCCGGAACUGGCGACGGAAGUUCUGAAGCGGAUCAAGGAUUUCCCCAACCCGGACAUCACGGGGGUCGUGUUGAACAUCUUUGGGCCUAGCUUGAUCACCACCAACGGCGAGACUUGGGCGAGACAGCGGCGGCUGAUCGCGCCCCAGAUCAACGAGAAGAUCAGCGGGUUGGUCUUUGGGGAGUCGUGUCGGCAGGCCCGUGAGAUGCUGGGCUCCUACGUGGAUGACCUGCGAGGGGUGACGGACGACACGAUGCGCGGCAUGAAGCAGGUCGCUAUCAAUGUCUUGGGCACGGCCGGGUUCGGCAUCUCCCAGCCCUGGAAACAGGAGGCGGGGAAACCGUCCAGCCGUCACAACCCCAAUGGAUACCGCACGACGUACAUGGAAGCGACCAAGACGGUGGUGGAGAACCUCAUUGAAGCGGCAGUCCUGCCGGCAAGGUUGCUCACACUUCCCCUUUUCGUACCGUCGUGGCAGGACAUCGGGCACGCCAAGAACGAGUUCCCCCUGCACACCAGGGAGAUGCUGGAGAAUGAGCGCAAGCUGCAACGUGACAGCCCCGAGCCUCGAAGUAACCUGAUGAGUAUGCUGGUGCGGCUCUCUGACUCGGCCAAGGCCGGGGCCGCGGCCGCCGGUGAGCUGUCCAAGAACUCACAACAACAACAACAACAACAACAACAACAACAACAACAACAGGGGCUUUCGGAGGAAGAAAUCCUGGGGAACCUCUUCGUCUUCACGAGCGCCGGGUUCGACACGACGGCCAACACCAUGGCCUACGCGCUGGCUCUGUUGGCCACGUACCCGGAGUGGCAGGAUUGGCUGUACGAGGAAAUCAAGACAGUCGUGGGUAGCACACCCGUCGACGAGCUGGAGUACGCAGACGUCUAUCCUCGCCUGCCGCGCUGUCUGGCUCUGAUGCUGGAAACGAUGCGAUUCUUCCCGCCCUUGACACACAUUGCCAAGCAGACAAACUCAACCCACGACGUCUCGAUAACCACCCCGUCGGGGAGAACGUACUACAUCCCGACCAACACCAUCGUCUACAUCGACACGGUCGCGCUACACCUGGACCCUCACACCUGGGGCGACGACGCGACGACGUUCCGGCCCUCGCGCUGGCUUGUCACCACCACCAAUAACAACACGGAGACCAUCAAAUCGAUGCCCAAAGGCACAUACCUCGCCUGGUCCUCGGGGCCCCGAGCCUGCCCCGGCCAAAAGAUGUCGCAGGUCGAAUUCGUGAGCGUCUUCAUGACCAUCUUCGCCAGGUAUCGCUGCGAGGCCGUCAAAGUCCACAAAGACGAGACCGCCCAACAAGUUAGGGAACGCUUGGAGCGCAUCAUGGCGGACAGCCAGCCCAAAUUGACGCUGCAGAUGAGCAGGAAUCGGGACUUGAAGUUGAGAUGGAUUGAGCGGUGA